AAAAGUGGAUGGACAGAUGUUUGUGCAGAAGUGGAAGAAUACGAGAAAGUCCUGGAUGGAGAGAGAAAAACAGAAAGUUGAGGCAAAUUUUAAAAAGAAGUUGUUAAAGAUCCAAAAUGGUGUCCGAAAAUUCCAGUUGCAGCUGACAGACGUGAAACCAACUCCUGAGUUGAUAGAAAAAUUGAAAGAAAUCAUGUCUGAAGUGGAAAGUUCAAUCAGCAGUCUAAAGGAAGAACAGCGAAACAAAUUUGAAGAACUUCUAAAAGAGGAGAGGGCUUACAGACAAGAGAUCACUGCUUAUGAGAAGAAAAUUGAAAACUGGAGUGUUAGUGUUAGAACAGAGAGCAGACCCCAGACGUCAACCAUUUCAAAGACCAGACUUCAGGACCGAGACCUCCCCUCUGAAGUGAGAGCUCUGGAGUUGUACCUGAACAGAACCGGAGGCUCCAGUGGAGGCUGGGAUCAGUUUGACCACCAGGCUUUUCUAAAGGUGUGGACAAAGUUUCGUGGUCAGCCGGCGUACAGGAAAGAGGCGAAGCUGUACCUGCCCAGUAAAACAGAGGAGGAGAUAGAAGAACAUGAGGAAUGGUACAAAGAACUGAUCCACCUGCAGGACAAGAAGAAAGAGGCGAUCCAAAGAUGGAAGACGAGUCGGCAAAUGGAGCGUGAGAGCAGGAUGCAGAGCCAAGAGGAGACAGACAAGGUCAAACGAAAAGAGAAAACAGCCAUCAUCCAAGCCCAGAGGCAGAAAGCUGAAGAAGAAAAGAGGGAAAAGUUGCUGCAGCUGGAGAAGUGGAAGAAAGAACAACAGAUGAGAGAGGAGGAGGAGGAGCAGCAGAGACUGGCCGAGGAAAUCAGACGGCAGAAGCGAGCCAAGGAAGAACGUCGUCGUCAAUUAGAAGUGAAACUGAUUGUAGAGGAGCAGCUCAGACUGAAGAGAGAGGAAGAGGAGGAGGAGCAGAGGAGGAAGAGAGAGGAAGAAAUGAGAGAGACGGAGGAGAGGAGGAGAGAGGCUACGAGGGGGAUCAAGAAGUUCAACGAAAGGGACCUACUUAAAGUGGAGGCAAAGUUUCAUGAAAGACAAAUGCAGAAACAACAGGAGGAGGACAGACAGAGAAGAAUCAUUUCAAAGCUUCGGGAAAAGGUGGAGGGUCACGUGAGCAGAGACCCGUCCAGACUGACCCGUCCCACUAAAGGAUGGGAGGAACGGAUGAAAAACAUUGGUCCAUCAGGGUCAGGGCCUGUUCUACACAUGUACCACAGAGCUGUGCCCACUUGGAGACAAGGACUAUGAAAUCUACUGGAUGUCACCGAAACUAUUUCUUUAUAAUUAUUCAGUCAAUCUGUAGUUAUAUUGAAUGUUAUUUAUAUUAUUGUGUAAAUAAAU